CCACUGCUUGCCUCUGCCCGCUUCGACGAGUGUAUGCGGAAGACAUUUCUGGUCGGAUGGUCAUUGCUCAAAGGAUUGUGGAUCAUGUGCGCGUUCAGGAGCCUUUGUCGGUAGCCUGAGAUCGCCGUUCAAGGGGUGUUGGAGGUGAAUCGAGAAUGCGGCGACUCGCUGAGAGCAUGCAUCUUCGUUGCCUGCCCGUGAACUAGUCCAGGUGAACUCCGUUCGAACAACAUCUAUAGAGCGCGCCUUGCUCAUCUACCUGCACGUUCGGCCCUCAACCACAAGCACGAGAGUCGCGUGCCACGCUUCAGCUGACUUACCACCGCCAACAUGGACCGCUCAAGGUUGGCUCCCGACUCGUCGCUGGCAGGCGAGAAAAAGCAAAAGGCCAUCCAGGAAGCCAGAGACGCCUACAAGCAAAUCUUGACGAAUUGCGAGCGCACCAACACCGCCGUGCCCCCGUACGACUUCAUCGAGCUCAUCGGCAAGGGUGCGUUUGGCCGCGUGUACAAAUGCAAAGAACGAGCCACCGGGGAACUCGUGGCCAUCAAAAUUGUCGACACCGACGUCGUCGAUUACCAGCAGAACAGCCUCGACAAAGACGACACCAUCCGCGACUUUCAGAAAGAAGUCAGGAUCCUGCAGCAGCUUAAGGACAGCAAUGCGAGGAACGUGAAUAUGAUUCACGAAGCAUUCGACUUGCAACAGCAGCUCUGGAUUGUCAGCGACUACUGUACGGGAGGUAGCAUUCGUACACUUAUGCGAGCCCAGCCGCCCACACAUCCUGGUUUGGAGGAGCAAUACAUCAUUCCCAUCUCGCGCGAACUCGCCCUCGCCAUGAAGAGCGUCCACGACAUUGGCGUCAUCCACCGCGACAUUAAAUGUACCAACGUCUACGUGACUGAGGAUGGAGAGAUUCAACUGGGCGACUUCGGCAUCGUGGGCGUGCUGGACGAUGGAGUCUCCAAGCGACAGACGAUGAUCGGCACGCCACACUACAUGCCUCGUGAGAUGCUCAUCCACGGCACUGGCAACCAGGUGGCCGAGGCGUAUGGUACAGAGGUGGACGUGUGGUCUUUCGGAUGCACAGUCUAUGAGAUGGCCACUGGGCAGCCGCCAAAUGCAGUGAAGAGGCAAGACAACCUUCGCAACGAGCUCCUCAACGCGCCUCGCCUGGAAGGAGAGCAAUACUCAGCGGAGCUGCGCGACUUUGUCGCAUACUGCCUCAAUAGCGAUCCCCAAGAGCGCCCAACAGCCGAACAAGUCCUCCGCCAUCCUUACAUCGUGAACACGUCUCGUAGAUACGCUACUAGGAAGCUUGUGGAACUCAUUCACCGCUUCAAAGCCUGGGAGUACUCAGGGGGCUGGCGCCAGUCUCUUUUCUUCGCUGGUGGCGCCCCUCCGAUUGCGGAUGAUGGUGACAAAGACGCCCUCUCCUCCGACGAAGAACAGAUGGGCGACUGGAACUUUAGCACUUCGGACAGGUUCAAUGAAGCAUUCGAGAAGCGUUACAGCCAGAUGUUCUUCGAGCAAAAUUCCCCGGGCGAUCUUCGGAUUCAAACGACUGGAGCAAACGAGCUUCCACCGCUCCAAACCAAUCUCUCGCAGUUCGAGCAACUCCAGCAGAGGCACCAAGAAAUGAGCGCAGAGCGUGGCGAGCGCUCACUCGAUCGCAUUUUCUCCCCACAGAGCGAGCCAUACGAGCUCCACACUCCGGUCGACAUAUCACCGGUUUCGGAUCUUCCGUUACGCAACACCACUGCGCAUGCGCCGACACGCGAGAGUCUCAUAGACUUGGACGCUAUUACAGCAGAAGACCUCACGCCCAGUUUCAACUUCGACUUUAGCGAUAUCCCCACACUGAAAGCCAAAAGUCUCGGAGCUUCGGCCAGCGAGGGGGAAGCAGACGAGGAGGAGAGAUACGAUGACGGCGAGACAGAAGAAGACCGGCACAAACGCGCGACGAUGGACUGGAAAUUCCCCGCCACACAGGCAGCAUCCCAUCGCGCAACUAUGGACUGGAAGUUUCCAGCGACACAAUCAGGUGGGACUACAUCGGCCGACGCACAAAUGACCCUACCAGCGGGGGGAAAGGUAAGCGAGCUUACCCCAAGCUCUCGCCCAGCACUCAAGCACAGCGCCACUGAGCCAGUUGGGCAGUUUUUGCAUGCAUCGCAACAUGCUACGGUGUUAACACCCGUACGUGAUUCGAUUCAGUCGAUGAUCGACCUUGAUCUGGGUCUCAGCGACCCAGCAGAGAUCAAGCGUCCGGGAACGGCAAGUUCUCUCGCGGAGUCGACCAUGACCGACCAGACGUCUGGGAAUCCAUUCGACCUCGAAGAGGAUCCCGCACAGAACGAGAUUGACCGCCAUCGAUUUUCGCAUCACAAGCAAUGGCGAUCGGAUGGCGGACAAAUGAAUCGAGGAAAACAGCUCAGCGCACAUAUGCACGAGCGGGGCAGCAGCCUAUCAAGCACGGGAUCAGAGGCGGAGCGGGGGUCAACAGCAGCGAGCGACGAUGUGUUCGACUUCGAAUACGGGCGCGCACAGAUGAACGGAGCAUUCGGCCUCGAUCGACCGGAAAUCACUCAAUGGCCAGACUUCAGUGGCACCGACUCCGAGUACGAGCAGGGAUAUGAGGACUCCUAUGAUGAGAGCCGCGCUCCACUGCUGAUCACCACAAAUGGAAAUGGAAGCGUCGUGGAUUACGAGAAUCUUCUGACCGAGAUCGAGUUUCCACAAGUGCGAGGACCAGACCCGGAUGUGCUGCGCGAAGGUGCCGAUCCAUAUGUCGUUCAGGCGGAGCUCGACCGCCUGAUCGAUGGGCUGGGGGAGAGUUUCGCUGCAGUGGUGAAGGUGUUGGAGCAGUUUGCCGCUCCCGAACAGGAGGCCGAGGAGGCGGCGGCGGCGGAGGCGAGUGAAGAAGUGGAGGCUUGAUUUGGAAGUGCGACGAGAACAUGACGUUAUGGCAACGAAUGCAAGAUACCCCCAUCGUCCAUGCAUGCGGUGUUGUCGGACGUCUGCAGUCCUGGUGACAGAGGCUUAUGUAAUGAACCGCUAGCGCCGGGUGAUAAGAUAAGGUUUCAGCCUCCAAGUCAGCGAUAGAAACCCAUCGAAAGUGCGGAGGCGCACGGGCCGCCGCUCAACUGCAGCGGCUGCUUGAGAUUUUUUGUCACGGCUGCAGGGACGCUGAAG